UUUGCUAGCAAUCAUUAGCAUUCCUAACUUACCUAUAUGAGCUAACUUUACAAACUAGCAAUGGCUUGCAUUAACUUGGUACGGAACGGGCACUAACGUUAGUGGAGUUAACGCCAAUGACGAUCUGACAGCAUGUGGCUGCAGUUUAAAAUAUGUCAAAUAUAAAAUUAUAAUACUGCUAAUUAGCUACCAAUGGCUAAUUAGCAUGUUUAGCUAAGUUAACGUUACCUUACAUUGAAAGUGGUAGUUGCACGUGCUUAGUGCGCGUGUAGCUUGAUAGCAAAUUUAAACCACUGCAGCCAACACGUUUCUUGAAGGCUUAUUAAGCUCCACUGUUCUUUAGUGUUCUCCCAUGACAUUAGAACUAACUUACUAUUUAUGAACUUAUCUGCCACCAUGAGCACAUAGCUUUCACGUCCCACCUGGCUGUCUGAUAAAAGGCAGUGCAACGUUACUCUAGCUAAUUGCAACUGUGUGCUUUCUGCCUCAGCUCAACUUCAUUCAUCAAGACUGGGUCCUAAUUUAUGAAAGUUGUGAAUGAGCUCAAAGUGGGUGACUGUUACUAGUACUGAAAGCAAUAUACCUUUUUGAAGACAUCGCAAGCUGGUCUCUAGUUUUGGUCUUGUUUGGUGAAAACGUGGGGCUCCGUGUUGGAGUACUGCACUGAUGAUUUGAACACAGUUUGUAGGUUUUCUACCUUUUGCAGCAGUUACACUGGUUUCUGCAAGCGGGCAGUUGGGCAGCUUUUAGCCGUUCUAAGAGAGUUUCACCGCCCUGAGCUGAGGAAUAUUAAACAUGACUGUGGCCAAUGCAAAGUCAGGCAAAGCAAUGCAGCAGGUACUGGACAACCUGAAAGACCUGCCAUCAGACUCAGGGGCCAAAGAUAUUGACCUCAUCUUCCUCAGAGGCAUCAUGGAGAGCCCCAUCAUUCGCUCCCUCGCAAAGGCCCAUGAGCGUCUCGAAGAAGUUAAGUUAAAAGCUGUGCAGGAUAAUAAUAUUCAGCUGGUCACGGAGAUCCUGGAUUCCCUCAACAACCUGCCAGAAAAAGAUGCUGCCGCAGCUGAGCUUAUCAAAAUCCUUCAGGAGCCGCACUUUAAGUCUUUGGUAGAGGCUCAUGACAAAGUGGCUGCAAAGUGCUAUGAAAUGCCCCACGCUGCAGUGAACAGCAAUGCCUUGUUGACGAGUUCACUCAUGCCAGCUGAUGCUGUAAGGAUGAUUGGAAUCCAGAAAAAAGCUGGCGAACCACUGGGGGUGACGUUCCGUGUGGAGCAGGGAGAGAUGGUGAUCGCACGGAUCCUGCACGGCAGCUCGAUUGACAGGCAGGGCAUGCUACACAUAGGGGACAUAAUUCACGAGGUGAACGGUCGUAAGGUCAGUCGGAACCCCCAUGAACUCCAGGAGCUGUUGGGGGACUGCAGUGGGAGCAUCUCACUCAAGGUCUUGCCCAGCUACAGAGGCACACCGGCUCCUCCACAGGUUUAUCUGAAGCCACACUUCAACUAUAAUCCGGCCACAGACAACUUGAUCCCCUGUAAAGAGGCAGGCCUGGCCUUUUCCAAAGGAGACAUCCUUCAUGUAGUCAACAAGGAGGACCCCAACUGGUGGCAGGCACGCAAAGUUGUUGGUGGAGCCACUGGUCUCAUCCCCAGUCAGUUUUUGGAGGAGAAGAGGAAAGCUUUUGUGAGAAGAGACUGGGAUACUUCUGGAACAGGGAUGCUCUGUGGUACUGCGAAGAAAAAGAAGAAAAAAAUGAUGUACCUCACUUCGAAGAAUGCAGAAUUUGACCGUUAUGAGCUGCAGAUCUAUGAGGAAGUAGCCAAGAUGCCGCCGUUUCAGAGGAAAACGCUGGUUCUGAUUGGAGCCCAGGGAGUUGGGAGGCGGAGCCUGAAGAACAGACUUAUUGUCAUGAACCCACUGCGAUAUGGAACCACUGUACCCUUCACGUCACGCCGUCCGAGGGAAGAGGAGAGAGACGGCCAGAACUACUGCUUUGUGACACGGGAAGAGAUGGAGAGGGACAUCAAGGCCAGCCGUUACCUGGAGCAUGGCGAGUACGAUGGCAACCUUUAUGGCACCAAUAUUAACUCUAUCCAUGAAGUGGUGAAUGCGGGCCGUACCUGCAUCCUGGACGUCAACCCUCAGGCCCUAAAAGUGUUGAGGACUGCUGAGUUUAUGCCAUUUGUGGUGUUUAUUGCUGCUCCUGAACUGGACACACUAAGAGCUAUGCACAAAGCUGUUAUAGAUGCUGGACUUACUACCAAACUACUCACGGAGAACGACUUGAAGAAGACUGUGGACGAGAGUGCCAGGAUCCGACGGGCAUACUGCCACUACUUUGACCUGACUAUUGUCAACGACAAUCUGGACAAAGCCUUUGACCAACUGCAGGAGGUGGUGGAGCGAUUGUUCAUAGAGCCGCAGUGGGUUCCAGUCAGCUGGGUCUACUGAUAUUUUACACCCUACAGGACUGACAUGGCUGUCCAAGCUGUGAUGAAAGGGGACACCUGAAGGGACGUAGGAUUCAACACUGUACUGCACACAUGGACAGUGUUGGACAUCAGACCUGUGUGAAAAUGGGUCCAGCACAAAGCUGCAUCAGAGUCACCUUGAUCUGAAUUGCCAGAUUAUUUUUCUAGCACACUAUGCAACUCACAACACAUGAAGUGUACUUAUUUAUUGGUAAAAUACUUUUUAAAGAAUCUUUUCUAUUCCUGCGGAUUGAAAGAAGAUACUGGCCAUGUGUCAGGGUGUUUUAAAGGAAAUGCAAUUUUUGUCAUGUCCUGUUUUAAUUUUACAUCUGUAUGUAAGAUGUAAGUAUUUAUUCUGCAAGAAAAGAAGGAUACCUCAAUGUUACAGUUUACAGUGCGUAUGCCUUCAGUACUUCAUCUCAUUUUGGGACUACAAACAUUCAUGUAGAACAGUGUCAUUUUUGAGACCUUUUUUCCUCCUCAAGGCGAUAUUUAUGCUCUGUUUUUGCAGUUUAAUCUCAUACAUAGAAAAUGUCAUGCCAGUUACUGUUUUAUGUUGUACAGAAGAAAAAAGUAUUUCUGUAGUGUUUAGCAAUUAUUUCUCUUUCACUCAAGCACAACAGAUUACAUGAAUUAUGUUUGUCAGGCAUCAGUAUUUCUAAUUAAGACUGUUAGACACGCUGAGAUGGUGCUGUCUGUGUUUGCUUGAAAGAAAAACUUUCCACAGGACUCUUGAACAGGGUACUGCAUCUCAGAGAACCAUCCCUUUUGAUGUGAUAUUACUAAAACUUAACCGUUUAAAAUAAAGCUCAUAUUUACUUAUUAAAUGGUAUAUUUUACAAGAAUUCAAAUAAAUAUGUAUUUUCAGAUGUCAAGUAAAUAACUCGUGUUUUCUAAUGAUCCACUUUGGUUUUACUUUGCUCUUUUGGCACAAUUACUUGACAAACAUGUUGUGUUGAGUAUGUGUUUGCAAACUGGUAGAGAAAAGAAUAUUUACAUGUUUUUUUUACAAACAUACAAAGACACAGAUAAAAAAGGUAGCAAGUUUAAACAAUUUCCAAUAUUGUCAAAACCUGAAAUAAAGCUUCACAAUUAAAAAGGCACAUUGAAACUCAUUGAAAUGUUAUUGCAGACAAAAUAUAGCCACAAAGAAUGUUAAAGUACAAGAUUACUAUCCUACAGAUCCAUGGCUGAGACGUGACAUUAGACCCUACAUACAAAAAUCCAUUAGUGUUUAUUUUAAAAGUGAGAUGUUUUAGUUAAGUUUUCACAACAUUGACAAAUGAGACACAUGUAUACAAAUCAUACUGUAUUUAAAAUGUAAUUACAUGAGAACACAAGACAAAAAAGACAAGCUUCUUUCAGAGACUAUGACCCAAAAUAAGAUGGUAAGAACCAGGUGCCUUCCUAUCAUUUAACCC